GUUUCUGUUCGUUUCUCGUCGUGACUCUCCACUGCUCUCCACUCUGGCUGAUAUCAAUCGUAAGCACGUAUUAUACUAGCAUAACGUAUCAUAGUGCAUAAAAUAAUACAACAAUUGCGUGGAUUUGUGCUUCCCCGAACAGACACCAAAGGAAUCUCAUCAUCUUUUUGCGUAGCAUAAAAAACAAAAAUAAAGUGCCAUUAUAAUAAUAAGUGUCUUAACUCUAAUUACAACCACAGUCGUUUGGUAAUUAAAAAUAAACCAGUACUUGAUGAUUUCUCUCUAAACCUGUUGUGCAAUAAUUAUUUUAUACAAAAUGAAGUUCUCCGUUGUUUUAUUUAGUGUCUGCUUGCUGGUCAUUUCAGUAUCAGGCGAUUCAGCAGAAAAAACUGGAGUGGUUGAAGGAGUAGUAAUUGACAAACCAGAUGUCCCUCCAGAACCGGAGAAAAAUGAAACUACACCUGCCCCAACUCCUACCCCCGCGCCGCCAACUACUACACCUCCAACGACAACGAAACCUACAACGACGACUGAGAAAACUACAACGACACCGGCGACUACAACAUCAACAGUAGCCCCAACACCUCCGCCGACUCCAACACCUACCCCAACACCGACUCCUGCUCCAACCCCAGCACCUACACCUGGACCAGCCCCAGCUCCUACAACUGGAACAUGGGUAGUAAAUGGUACGAACCACACAACAUGUAUCAUGGUUAAAAUGGCUGCGCAGUUGAACGUGACAUACCUCAACAAAGAUAACAAAACUAUGCAUCAACUCAUAACUUUGCCGAAUAAUACUAUGAGUAACGCGACUGGAGAUUGUGGAGCUGCUGAACAGUAUAUUAUGAUCUCGUGGAACUCUUCAAUGGCUUUGAAUGAUACUGUGGUGUUGCAUUUCAAUAAAAAUGGAACUAAAUACUCGUUGCAUCAUGUUGAGGCAAACUUGGCACCUCAGGAUUUACCUAGCUAUCAAUUUAAGGACACUUUGAUGAUGAUACACAACACUAGUGAGUACCCCGUCGCCGUAAGCAAUUCGUACAGAUGUACUAAAGCCGUAAAAUUAAACCUCAAUUCAAACGUACCAAACACAACAGCCGUGUUCGAAGUGUCUGAUCUCCAAUUCCAGGCAUUCAGAAGCGACAACACAACAGCAUUUGGCUUUGCUGAAGACUGCGCUUUCGAAACCCAAGACGUCGUACCGAUAGCCGUAGGCUGUGCUUUGAUCGCUCUCGUAAUAAUCGUCCUGAUCGCUUACCUCGUUGGACGCCGGCGUAGUCAGGCACGCGGAUACCUUAGUAUGUAAAGCGACAAUUACGUAUAAAUUAAAAAAAUCUAAAGUUAUUUUUUAUUUUCAUUUUUUCAUGAAUCAAAUUAAUUUUUCUAUCAGAUUAUAAAUCUUGUUUAUUAUGAACUUUAAUUAUUAUUGAUACAUUUAUGAUUUAAUUGUAAUCAUUAUUUUUGUUUAAUUGUGAUUAUUUUUUUUAUUUAAGUGAAUUUAUUGAUACGUUGUAAAGGUAAAUUUUCUCAUAUUUACCAUUGUAUCCACAAUCAUGUUUACUUUUUUUAUUUUUGAAUUCUUACAUUUAUAAUUAAUUAAUAUAAAUAUAAUUAAUAUAACUAUUAAUUAUAAUAAAUAUACACGUGUAAAUUGGAUACAAAAAUAGUAUUAAAAAUUGAUUAUUGUUACCUAAUAAAUUCAAUUAUUGAAAUAA